CUAAGCCCAACCAACCAACCAACCAACCAACCAAUCCUCCAAGCUCAAGUAGUAAUAAUUGAAAUUCCAACUUCACCCCUCUUUCAUAGUGAAAAAAAUAAAAUGUAAGGACAAAAAUGUACCUCCAAAUCAGCACACAAAUGUAGGAAAACCAUACUCCAAAACCACAGGAAGAACGGGUAGAAGCCUCUAGUUUUGCUGAGCACCAAGCUUAUAUAUAUAUAAUAAUCCAUCCCAAAUAAUUCAACCAACACAAAAAACCAAAUCUUUGUAAAAGCACUAGCCUUCUUGAGCAAAUUAAAUUUUCAUAAUCUUAGCCAGAAAUUAAUUUCAAGAAUCAGGAUUGCAAGAUGAGUUCAACAAGCAGAGCAUGGAUAGCAGCAACUAGCGUGGGAGUAGUAGAGGCACUAAAAGAUCAAGGACUUUGUAGGUGGAAUUACACAAUCAGAGCCAUAAAUCAGCAUGUCAAGAACAAUAUAAGGUCAUAUUCACAAGCCAAGAAGCUCUCCUCCCAAUCUUCUCCUUUGGUUUCUACAAACAAAUUCGAAUUGAAGAAGCAAUCAGAGGAAUCUAUCAGAAAAGUCAUGUAUUUGAGCUGUUGGGGUCCUAAUUGAUCUAAUCCUAAUAGCACGUUAUAUUUAGUGUCAACUUUUUAUCUCAUAGUUUUUGACAAUAUUGUAAAAAGGAUAUUGAGAGCUUUGGCUAAAUUGCCAUUUCUGCAAUCCGAUUUCUGGAAAUUAUUAUUCAAUUGUGCUAUCUAA